AUGAGACACACACGAACGACAGCCCGUGAACGAGGCAUGCUGGAUAAAGCCAGGUUCCUCGAGCGGAUCACCGCGGACGCCGAGUCGCACAUUGAGCUCUUGCAACGGUUCAUCCAAGCACGGUCACCGAACCCACCAGGCAACACUGCAGCGGCGGCUCAGGUGCUGCGGGAGUAUCUCAGUGCACGCGGAGUCGCGACGGAGAUCAUUGCCCCUGACGGGCUGGAGAAGCCGAAUUUCGUGGCCGAGCGCGGCGGGGUGGACAUGAAAGCCGGGACGGCGGCUUCGGUGAUUGCAUUUGCGUACCUGCACCAGCACCGACAGCACCUGAGGCGGAAGCACAGCAGCGUGGCGCUCACGGUCGUGAGUGACGAGGAAACAGGUGGGAAGUUCGGCAGCAGGUACCCCCUCGAGCGUGACCCAGCAAGGGAGGCGUGGAAAGGGACGGUGAUGAUCAACGCGGAGCCCGGCGGGCUGCAGAGCAUUCGGUUCGGGGAGAAAGGCACGCUGCGCAUGACGUUCAGGGUCGUGACGCUGGGCGUGCACGGCGCGUACACGCAUCUCAGCGAGGGCGCAAACCGAAUUGCGGCUAGGCUGAUCGGGAGGCUCGUCGACGUCGUCGAAGCCAUCCAGCCGGAGUGGGAUGACGAGGUCCACAAGCAGCUGAAACGAGAGGAGGUGACGAAGGUGAUUGAUGAGAUCAUGGGCGAGGGCGCGCACACGAGCGUGCUCAGGCCCACGGUGAACAUCGGCACGAUUCACGGCGGGAUCAAAGUCAACAUGAUCCCGGACCGGUGUGUCUUCGAGGCAGACAUCCGGCUGCCCAUCGGCUUGCUCAAGAACGCGGUGUUGGCGAGGAUAGACGAACUGCUGCGCGAUGAGUUCCCCACGACGGCCGCGUAUGAGGUCCAGGAAGCGGCGUCGAAUCCACCGUCGCACUGCAGUCCCAGCCAUGAGAUGGUCGGCGCACUCGCAAACGCCGCCGAGACGGUCACUGGGAGGAGGCCACUGGCCAUCCCGUCGCUGGGCGCCACCGACGCCAAGUUCUGGCGCUAUCAUCAGGUCCCAGCCUAUGUGUACGGAGUCGGUCCGGAGACGAUGGCGGCCGCGGUCGACGAGAGGGUCAGUGUGAAGGAGUUUCUGAGCGUCGUGAGGACACACGCGCUGGCCGUCUGGAGCUUUUUGGAUGGUGAGUAG